GCUAUCUGGUGGCCUUUGAAGCUGCAGAUCACCAAGCGCCGGGCACGAUUCAUGAUCGUGUGCAUCUGGGUCAUCGCGCUCAGCUCAACCAUACCGUGGGCCCUGUUCUUCGAGCUGGUGCCCAUCUUCCCUGAAGCCCCGGAGAUUCAGCUGUGCGUAGAAGUGUGGCCACCGGGAACGGAUGGUGCGCUGUACUUUCUACUUGCCAACCUGGUGGCGUGCUACCUGCUGCCAAUGGUGCUAAUCACCAUUUGUUAUAUCCUGAUCUGGAUAAAGGUCUGGAGACGAUCCAUCCCCGGUGAUUCCAAGGACGCCCAAAUGGAUCGGAUGCAGCAAAAGUCCAAGAUCAAAGUUGUUAAAAUGCUUGUUGUAGUUGUUAUUCUAUUUGUACUUUCGUGGUUACCGCUGUACGUGAUCUUUGCACGGAUCAAGCUGGGAGCGCUCGAGACUAGCGAAGAAGAAUUGUUGCAGAUUGCUACUCCGAUAGCCCAAUGGCUGGGGGCGUCCAACUCGUGCAUCAACCCGAUUCUGUACGCUUUCUUCAACAAAAAGUACCGGAAAGGAUUCGUCGCCAUCAUUCGAUCGAGGAAAUGCUGCGGACGGUUGAGGUACUACGAAACCGUUGCCAUCGCAUCGUCCUCGACGAGCACUAGAAAGUCGUCGCACUAUCACAACAGCACCAAGCGCCCACCGUACAGCCCAUCGAUGAAGUCCACAGACGCCGUGUCGUACAUCUACGAGGAGAAGGGCGGCCGCCGGCACCAUGCCAUCUCCAAGCAGGACAGCAACCUCUCGCGCCACAUGCUCCUCAAGCAGGACAGCAGCAUAUCGCGGCAAACGCUGCUCAAACAGGACAGCAUCGCAUCACGAUCGGGUACCGUAAAGUUUCAGCGGCGGAAGUACUAGAGCCCUGUGUUGUGUAGUCUACUAUGUAGCUAUUAAGGCUGACGGUAGAUUUCAUGUGUACCGUGCCACAUAAACACAUUUCGUUGGAGAGCUUUUUUAGACCAGCAGUUUCCGUUUUGUACAAUUAUUUAUUUUGGACCACAUCAGCGUUUCUCAAUUACUUUGAAUAGAAUUCAUUCAUUUUCAACUACAUAUAGCUCGCGGUUCGAAACAUCAAAGGUGUAAUAGAGUUAAUGAUUCAAGUUGAAAGCCAUGAAACAUUAUCAAUACAACUUGGGAUUGGCUUAGAUUUACACCGAUUUUUAAGGGUAAUGAAACAAGCAUAAAUAAGAGACCCACAGAUCUACGUGUGACCCCUUCCAGAAAAAUUGAGAAGUGAAUUAAAAAAUUGUCAUCCAAAUUUACUAGUUGACAUUAUUAUUUAGUAAUUUUAUAUUUUCUAUGACCGAUUGAUCGGCAAAGUCAUUAGCAAAACUACAGGGUGCUAGGAAGGACUAGGGGGCUUUAGCCCCACCUACGAUCUAGCUAGUUAGAA